AUGGCGUUUGAGUCGGACGACGUAAUGUUGAGCCGUGAAACUCCACGAUUAGGAAACUAUUCCGACUUUGCUUUGAACAUGUCUGGUUUGUCCGAAGGUCCGGCGGGUACAGCGGAAAUCGUCAUUCUCAGCCUUUUGUUCUCCGUGAUCGGAGCUGUGGGCAUCGUCGGGAACAUGUUGGUCGCUCUGUCCAUCUUGACUGACAGACGAAUGAAGAAAAGUCCAACAAAUUUGUUUAUUCUGAACAUUGCGCUGGCGGACGAAAUCAUCAUGAUUUUCGGAGUUCCUGAGAUCGUUCAGUUCAUGCUGAACAGGGGUUGGUUGCUGGGUAGUGUGAUAUGCCGCGUGGACAGGUACCUUUUGGUUACUGGGCUCUACGUGUCUGUGGCCACUCUGAUUGCUGUGUGCGUUGAAAGGUAUGUGGCGAUUGUCCAGCCCCUGAAGGCGCACCUCUUCUGUAGCCGUGGUCGUGUCCUGACCGUCAUCGGCUGCAUCUGGCCCCUCUCAGCCGUCCUCGCCAUCCCUACAGCCAUCUUCAAUACCGUCGUCGGCGAGAGUGUCAAGUUCUGCGUUAUCGUCUUCCCGGUGGAGCAUUUCUUUCGGAUUUACAAAUACACCGAGUUUUUCCUGUUUUAUCUGAGCCCCCUGGUCGUACAGAUUGUCCUGUACAGCAUCACCAUCAAAACACUCUUCUUCGACGUGAAACAAUUGCACGAGGGCAUCCGUAGGAAUAACACGAAGGACCAGUUCGAGAGCGAUAAGUCAUUCGACACCCUCAAGUCCAGGAAGGGUGUGGUGAAAAUGCUGGUGAGCUGCGUGGUGAUUUACUUCGUAAGUUAUUCACCGCACCAAGUGCUACUCGUGUACAACACAUUCUCCUCUACCCAUUUUAACGAGACCUGGCCUUUCCUGGUGUUCGUCAUGAUUAUUGCUUACAUCAACUCGGCUGCCAAUCCGGUCCUCUAUGGCAUUUUCAGCGAGAACUAUCGUAAACGUUACACUGCCAUUUUCUGCAAGUCUUGCCAAAUGACCAAAAAGAACUUACACCGUUUUUCCUCUUACGGUGGGUCGAUAGCCUUCCAAUCUACCAGGAUUAUGAGCUCCAGAGGAGGCACGGAUAUGUGA